AUGGCCCGCCCUCACGACACACCUGGACUAAUAGAGCACGCUGUGCGCGACUCGAUACUUACCGCUCUUACGCAACUGGCUGCAUUCCGCCUGGGCUAUGGGCGCACCUUUACCGCGUUAGCUACCGGUGAUACAUCGAUUGUUGUUGCGGAAGCGACGACAUCGUGCGCCACAUCUGAGGAAGGGGAACUCAACACCGCAAGUCUCGUUGGUGUCCUUGCCCCCAGCUUAGAGAGGGGGCAAGGUGGGGACACAAAAGCACCUAGUUGGACCAGACAGCACGUCAUCUUAGACAUAGGCGAGGACGACGUGAGCUUAGAAAGUCAUCCACUUGUCCAACGAUCGCAGGCUCGCUUCUACGCAGAUGUCCCUGUAUGUGACCUCUCCGGGAUUCAGAUCGGUACCUUCGGCGUGGUCAGCAGGAGCCCUCGCUCCUCCUUCCCAGACAAUGCCCUCGCAGUUUUGCACCAGACUUCUAGGACUAUUGCGGAGCAUCUGCAUACCAUUUUGGCGCGCAAUGAGCGCUUGCGAGCGAAGAAGCAGCUCCAAGCGCUGACAUCUUUGGCCACCGAGCGGAAUGGGUUUCCUGACACUGCAUCAGUUUACGCAGAGGCGUGCACACUACUCCAGGCCAGCAUGAACCUGGACGGAGUGAUUCUGAUUGAUGCAUCUCGUCUCCAUUCGCAAAGCGAUUCUACAAGGUCGUCUUGCACUAGCUUCUGCCACAUGGGAGGGCAAUCCGACUGCGCGCAUCCCAGACGCCGCUCAUCAUCGAAACUCUGCGGUCUCCUGGGCUCUGCGAUCUCCGAGGAGUACUCUACAAAGUUUUUGGGAGGGGAACCCCCUACGCUAGACGAAGACCUGAUAGGGAACUUGCUCCUGAUGUUUCCGCAUGGCCAAAUAUUCAAUGCAAGCCAGUCUAUGGAUACACGCAAUACAGUCCAUCAGACCGUAGCUAGAGAACUAUUCCGAGCGGUUCCUAAUGCAGCGUCGCUUAUGUUUGUCCCACUUCAGAAUGAUGAUAUGUCUCAAGGGCCCGCUGCGACGAUCGUCUGGGAUUGUGACCGUCAACUGGGUGAUGAUGACCUCGGUUACCUGAAAGUACUCGGGGAUAUAAUCACCUGCUGGGUCGCUCGAAUUGAGGGAAGCUCCCUCAAAAAAUGCAAAUCGGAUUUCUUGUCAUCGAUAAGCCAUGAGCUGCGGUCGCCGCUUCACGGAAUGCUGGGGAACUGUGAGUUGUUACAGUCUACGGAUCUCAGCCCCACUCAGAUGGAUAUGGUUACAAUGGUCGAGACCUGCGCAAAGACGCUGCUGGAUACAUUACACUGCCUGCUCGACUUUAACAAGAUCAGCACUCUCACGCAGACGCAAAAGCGGUGCAGUAAUAUGGCUGCGGAUCUCUGGGGAAUGGCGACGGACUUCGAUCUCAGUUCCCUUGUGGAAGAUGUGACAAACGUCGUGCUUGCCGGGCACCGACACCUCAACGAGACAUUUAAGAACUCUGGCUGCACCGGGCCGGUACAGGAUGGAGUGAAUUCAGUAGAAGUGGACCCGGGGAGGAAGUCGGAAGAUCUUGUUGUCGUGGUUCGGGCUGAGAACCAGAUUGAUUGGAGGAUACACUCCAUCUCUGGCGCCUGGAGUCGGAUCAUCAAGAACAUCUUCGGCAACGCGUUGAAAUUCACCAACUCUGGGGUGAUUGAGAUUGCUCUCGACCGGAAUCAACAGAAGCGCCACGGGCGGACGACUGACUUUGCACACCUACGAAUAACGGACUCUGGCUGCGGGAUUGCUCAAGAUUAUCUUGAGAACAACCUCUUCACUCCCUUUUCCCAGGGGUCUAUCCUCACUGAAGGGGUCGGACUCGGUAUGAGUAUCACAGAACGGCUUGUAAAACAUUUCGGGGGCUACACCAAGGUGGAGAGCCACUUGGGAGUUGGGACACAGGUUGACGUUUACAUUCCGGUCGAAUUCGUGCAGGAGAAGUCUGUAGCCACGCAGCCUCCGGAUCCGAAAGUCCGUCCGGAGAAACCACUACGCGUUGUCAUGGUUGGGAUGAACCCUGAUUCGAAGGGGGACGAGAUGGGCCAAGGCCUAAGCACUGAUGCAAAACGCAGACUCGCCAUCGUAACCUCGAUCAGCAGCCUUCUUUCUCGCCAUGCGCACCACCAACUCUCCUUUGCUGAACCCUCAAACUGUGGUGGUGGCGGCGGUGGUGACAUCGCAAUAAUAGAGGAACCGACAUGGAAAGCAACACCAGGAAUUGACUUGCGUAAGUCCCGAUUCCGUUCGGUCAUUGUCAUUGGGGGAUUUGGGCUCGCUGCACCGCGGCACCUCGUUGUGGACGGUGUCGACGUAUUCCACAUUCCACAACCCCUCGGCCCCAAGGGAUUUCUCCGCACCUUGCGAGAAAUCACGGAUUUACAGAGCUCUACGAGUGCUGGUGAGUAUCGUCUGGCCGCGCGCCCUAUAUCGGUUGUGCCGGCGCGGCCACGGUCGUCAGUCGAGGACUCUGAUAAAGCCGAGAGCUCCAAGUCUCCACCAGCGGUCAAGACACGCACACCGAACUAUGCGCGGUCCCUUCCCCAGGCCCCGGCAGAGGGGGCUAUAUGCGUACUGGUUGUGGAUGAUAAUGAGAUCAACCUCAAGGUUCUCUCCAUGUUUCUGAAGAAGAUCGGAUGUACCUUCGAGACUGCAUCUGAUGGCAGUGUUGCAUCAGACAAAUACAAGCAGGCAACCAGAAAGUUCGACUACGUACUGAUGGCCCUAACCUGCCCAGACUUAUGCAUGCCGAGGAUGGACGGAAUCGCGGCCACGAGCGAAAUUCGACGGUACGAGGAGGAGCAUGGCCUUUCCCGCACCGCCAUUUUGGCGUUGACCGGAGUAGCCUCCUCCGAAAUGCAGGAUCAGGCUUUCGCGGCCGGUAUAGACGACUAUUUGCUCAAACCCCUUUCCCUAAACGGCUUGAAGCAUAUACUAGGCGUAUCCUGA